AUGAAUCAGCGUCGUUAUGAGCAACCAUCAUCAUCAAACAGCGGGCCAGAAGGCCUUUCCGAUAUUGCAUCAGGUGGCCCCCCUGUACCAUCCAUGAUCGUAUUCGAGGUGAGAAAAGAGGAUACGGCUCGGGCAGAACAAUUGCCUCAACACUUUACUUCUUUGAUCAAAGACCUGUCUCGGGAGGAUGGCCAGCUCAGAGCUCGCAGGAGGCUACGGGGGCUCGACAAUCCCAGGGAUGUCCACCGACAAUUGUCAAAGCUUGAGAAAAUCGACCUGAUCCAAUGGCCAUCCCAACAUUCCGCCUUGGUCCCUUGGCAGCAACUAGUUAUUAUCGCUGCUACUAUAGUUGACAAACAUCUUGGUCACCAAGAGAUUGCUGUAUCAACAAUCACUCGGCUUCAUGGGAAAAAGGUAUCUCAAGAUCUGAUUAAUAAGGAUGAACGGGCGGUACGCGAAAUAAUCCAGUUGAUAGACCAUCUGUAUUUACAAUGGGAGGACCUUGCUCUCGAGCUUCUCAUGCUUCUAGUUCUUCUGCUGCGGCCAAAGUAUAAGCUAUCAGAUAUUCAAGAUGCUUUGGAGACAACUAUUCUCAACCAAGAUGCUUGCGAUAUCUUCUGGGAGACAUCCCAUGGGCUUCCCCUGGGAUACGACCCAAUUAGAGAUGCAUGGACUGAACCUAGGCCAUUACCAUCAACUGACCUUGAUUUGUCAGAAUUUAUCGACUACAAACGGAACUACCCUGCCAAAGUCAAUACACCAAUUUCUGGCUUCAAGGCAUUUGAAACAUCGCUUGAUUUGCAACGGGAGGUAGCAUACGUCAACCAAAACCAGUCGGGAUAUUCACCUACAAAUGACUAUAUUUUCUCUUAUGAAUGGGAUGAGGGCAUCCAUGGACGCGCGAUGCAGCAGGUGUUGCACGACUUGGCAAAAUCCGAAUUCAUCCAAGCUGAAGAGACGUACGUCCAGAAGCUCUCUAUCUCAGUCGCAUCAUCAAGCAUCUAUGUCCCGAAAGGUCACCUCCAGAUCAUAGUUCCAGUAGAGGCAUCACAAGAGCCAGUUUCAUUUCAUGCUUCAAGUCUUCUUAAUUCUCACCACAUCUUCCUUCACCCCUACAAUCUGAUCAGCAGCAAUCGGCCCUGGUCUUGGGGCAGUGGCAACUUACUAUUCUCUACCCUCGUAUACUUACCCGUUCUCAAGGAAUUGCCCUGCUACAUCGUCAAGAAUGCUAUCCUCCAGAUAGAGGCAUCGGAGGUGCUAAACAGCGUCCACAAUGCCGAGUCCACCCAGAAAUUCAGCUCAAAAUCCCUGCAGCGACUGAAAACGCUCCUCAGCAGCUUCAUCAAGGGUGUUGCAAGCGAAAGGAUCAGAGACCUUGAAGAUUCGGACCCCGAGCUCGUUAUUGUUUACGGCCUGUGUAUGACGACCAGGGAAAUCGACAGGAUGAAGGACGAGUUGUGGAAUGAGGUUAAAAGGCAAGCCCGUCUUGUCGCUUCACACCUAGCCCGAUACCUCGCACUUAACGCUCAAAUUGCGCACACUAUAAACAUCUCAUCUAAUACCAAGUUCCAAAAAGCUUUUGAAAAUCUACAGAAAGAUCACAGCUUGUUCAACGCGAUCCCCGCCAUCAUCAUUGACCAACAAGGAUACUUCCACUAUAUCGCCCCUCAGAUCCCUCAGUUAUAG